AGAGGAAGUAGCGCAGAUUCGCUUGUCUUGCGCGUGUCUGUUUCUGUCCUCUUAUAAUUGAGCUUUAUUAUAUGUUAGACGAGUUUAUGAACACUCCAACCCUUGCAAGUCUUGUUGCUUACUGACUCGAUCAUCGUUGGGUUUGCAGGAAUUUCAGGAAGCCAUGAAGGACAGCCUGAAGUUGCUCACCCGUUUCAGUGCUCACCCAGACUCCCGUUGCUGGUUCGUUGCAUGGAACCCCAAUGGUACCCUACUGGCCUCUUGUGGAGGAGAUCGUGCGGUCCGAGUGUGGGGUCGCGAAGGUGACUCUUGGGUCUGCAAAUCAGUUUUGUCAGAGGGUCACCAGAGGACUGUCCGGAAAGUAGCUUGGUCACCCUGUGGAAAUUACUUGGCCUCUGCCAGCUUUGACGCCACUACCUGCAUCUGGAAGAAGCAACAAGAUACUUUUGAGUGUGUGACAACACUGGAAGGUCAUGAGAAUGAAGUAAAGUGUGUUUCCUGGGCACCGUCUGGAAAUCUCUUGGCAACAUGCAGCAGGGACAAGAGCGUCUGGGUUUGGGAAGUUGAUGAAGAGGAUGAAUACGAAUGUGUCAGUGUGGUGAACUCACACACGCAGGAUGUGAAGCAUGUCAUUUGGCAUCCUAAUCAGGAGCUACUGGCCUCGUGCAGCUAUGACAACACUGUCAAGAUCUACAAAGAGGAUGAUGACGAUUGGAUUUGUUUGGACACACUGGAGGGUCAUGAAUCCACAGUGUGGAGUGUGGAUUUUGAUAAAAGUGGCCAGCGGCUUGCUUCCUGUAGUGAUGAUAAGACUGUUAAAAUCUGGAGGGAGUACCUGCCUGGAAAUGAGCAAGGAGUAGUCUGUAAAGGCAGCGACCCAUGCUGGAAAAGUAUUUGUACCUUAUCUGGAUUUCACACACGGACAAUUUACGACAUUUCUUGGUGUCACCUGACAAACGUUAUUGCAACUGCCUGUGGUGAUGAUGCCAUUAGAGUGUUUGAAGAGGAUGCAGCUUCUGAUCCACACCAGCCCAUAUUCAGAUUGAUGGCUCACGUGCCCAAAGCUCACUCUCAAGAUGUAAAUUGUGCAGCCUGGAACCCAAAGGAAGGAGGUCUUCUAGCGUCAUGCAGCGACGAUGGAGAAAUUGGCAUUUGGCUGUAUGAGCCACAGAACUGAAGUGGAAGGGGUGGGUUAUACGCACCAGCGUGCUUUUGAAGCAGUGGUUCCUGCUGGGCACCCUUUCUUUUCUGCUCCCCCUGCUACUUUCCCAUCCUCAGCAGGUCCAUCAGCACCCUGCAGUGUAUGUUGUAUUUUAUGUACAUUUAACCAGGCUGUAGCUACCAAAAUAAGUACGUUUAUGGGACAGUAAAUGACAAAUAAUGUAGAUCUGGGUAGAAAAUUGACAAAUGAUCCUCUAAAAUAAUAAUAAAGAAAA